AUGGCUCCUUGUAAAAAAGCAACUUCACAAUUUUUAACGGCGUGUGAAAUCCGGCGUGUGUCCCGCGCACUCGGCUGCGCACCGCAGAUCAUCUUCUUCGAGGAGCGGGACUUCAAGGGCCGCCACUAUGAGUCCGGCCAGGACUGCAUGAACCUGGCGUCGAACCUGAGCCGCUGCAACUCGAUCCGCGUGGAGGGCGGCGCCUGGGUCAUCUACGAGCGUCCGGACCACAAGGGCAACAUGUACAUCAUGGAGCCCGGGGAGUACCCCGAGUACCAGCGCUGGAUGGCGCACAACGACCACAUCGGCUCUUGCAGAGCCAUCCGUGGUUGCAACACCACCAACAACCGCCUGUCCCUGUAUCGCGAAGACAACUUCGGUGGCCACAUGACGGAGUGCGCGGAGGAUUGCCCACACCUUUACGACCGCUACAGCAUGCGAGAGGCGCGCUCUGUGAGGGUGCACGACGGCGCCUGGGUGGCGUACGAGGAGCCGCACUACCGCGGGCGCCAGUACCUGCUGGAGAAGGGCGACUACCGCAAGUGCAACGAGUGGGGCGCAAUGAGCCCCACCAUGCAGUCGGUGCGCUGCAUCCGACAGUUCUGAAGGCUCCACGGCAGAAUAUCCCUGCUCGGCCAUUGCUGUUCAUGUGAUUGAAUAGUUAA